CCACCCUGCCCAAGCCCCGCCCCAACCUUCCCCGCGGCGCGGUUUCCCACGGGUCCCAGCCCCAUUGCCAUCCUUAGCUAUCAUCCAAAUGCGCGUGUGUGUGAGAGAGACAUCUACCUCCCAACCUGAAUUCACAGUGAAGAACAAUGGCAGGCAUUCCUCAUUACUUGAAUCCCCCGACAGAUUGGUGGUAUAAAGAUUUCAGGUUUAUCAGGGAUUGGUUCUGGUCCGUGGAAAACUGUCUUCCAGACAGACCUCUUCCCGACAGUAUUAACUUUGUCGAAGAAGACCUCUUCCCAAAUAGGUUGAAGAAUAUAUACGAGAUAGUUCCGGAUUCGCUCAGCACGGAAUAUGGGCCGGACCGUGAAUAUUUCAUGUAUUCUCUUUGGGGCAGGAAAUACGACGACGAGGCAAGGAUAGAAAGCGCGGAUGGAUCAGGGGUGUGGGAGCGAGUACAACAGCCGGAGGAAGGCAUGGUCGAAGCAGAAGGCUGUAUUAUUGGAGUCAGUAAGACUUUCAAGUACUACAAUAAUGGCCGUGAAACUAGCUUCCUGAUGGAUGUACUCAGACCCUUUGAUCCACGUCAAAGGUUGGGCGAUUGGGUUUUGUGCAAGGUAUACCGCUCAGACUGCCCGCCCAACGACCAGUACACACAGGCCGAACAAAGUGCUCCUGAAUUCGCUGCCAAAGAAGUAGCAUCUCCUAGACCAGAACAUGAUGCUGGGAGGAAGAGGAAGAGGGAGGAAGAAGCAGAAGAAUUGAAUGGGCAUGCACGCAUUCUAUAAUGGGAGUUCAUCGAGCAGCGAUCUGUGUGGUGUUACAGGAUGCACAACAUAUUUUGGGAAGAUCUUUUUGAUCCACAUGACCGUGUGUAUGGCCUAAAUUAACUGAAAAUACUGUGCUAGUUUUGCCUAUUUGACUUAUAAAUAAAUGUUACAAAUGAGGUAAUGUUUUCUGAUUUGACAUAAGAUCCUACAUUCGGACGCCUGCAUUCCUUGUUCUAAUUGGUUAUGCUAUCUAUGUUUACCAUAAAUAAUCGUGUGGGUACUGGAAUUGUGAUGUUUAUCAUGUAUGUUUCAAACGAUGCUUUUAUUCACAAUUAUAAUUUGUGACUGGGAUCAUCUAUGCAAUGUGACAGUCAUAAUUUGUGGUAGUAAGUAACUCAGCGAGAUUCUCGCUAUUGGUGGCCGACUAAAAAUGGGAUUUUUACGGUAAAGACCGCCUACUGGUUAGGUGUUCUAGGACCUGUGGGAAUGAAAAGAGAGCCAAUAGAGUCGAUCUGGAAGAAUUUUUGGGACCUCAAUAUCCCCCCAAAGUUGAAACACUUCCUUUGGCGACUCGUUUCUGGAUGCUUGGCAACGAAGGAGCACUUAUGGAGGAGGAAAGCCACUGAUGACCCAACAUGCCCAGUGUGUGCAGGUAUGACUGAGGAUAUUAGUCAUAUGUUAUUUUUUUGUAAAUUCUCUUCGCAGCUUUGGAAGAAUGAAAUCUGGGGAAAUUUGGUCAUGGUGGCACCGACUAUGUCUGCAAAAGAACUAUUGGGUUGGGCUAUGAAGAAUUUGAGUCAAGGGAUCUAUAGCUUCAUAAUUAAUUGUUGGGCUGCGUGGCGCUGUCGAAACAAGGUGGUUUUUGAGCAAAAAGAACCACAAGUAGAGCUGAUCCGGAUGGGUUUCAAUCAAUAUAUCGAAGAUUUUCAAACAUAUGCUUCAAAAGUUUACAAAGGGCCAGAAUCAUAUUUGAAUAAUAGACCCGAGAAGUGGAAUAAACCAUCUUCUGGUUUCGUUAAAGCGAACUGUGAUGCAGCUGUGUUCAAAGGAGGAGGUCUGGGUCUUGGAGCGAUAAUCCGAGAUGAACAUGAUGCCCUAGUCAUGGCAGGAGUCAAAAGAAUGGACAUGAACUGGGAGGCGGAGAUGGCAGAACACGCAGCGGGAGUAUAUGCACUACAAGUUGCAUACCAGGUGGGAGCGAGGAAAGUUAUUCUUGAUAGUGAGUUAGUGACGCAUUAAACUUCAUCUUGAUAGGAGCAUAGGCAUAUCCUUGCCUAUGCUCCUUGCUGUGGAAGAAGAGUUGAUGAAGGUUUCAAUCAUGAAGCUCAGGAUUCAAAAAUCAGGGAGGUAUUGGGAAGGGAAAGGCGCAAGGAUGAAGCUGUUGGUCAUCCUUGUUGACUGUUUGAUGGUACUUCAUUAGGAAUUUUUUUGGAAGAUAUUUAUCAUUUUUGUUCUAAGUUUGAUGUUGAAUUUUCACAUGUAAAAAGAGGAGGCAAUGUAGCUGCUCAUCAAAUGGCAAGAAUGAUGCCAGACAAUGGUGUAGAACAAACAUUUGUAAAUGAUCUACCAGAAAGUAUUAUUACGCUAAUUGAAAUGAAUUAAUAUGAGUUUCC